AAAGCUCAUUUCGCGCAGCGUCUGCAUGUAGUUAUUAAUAGCGCGCGAGAAGUCUUGUUUCAGUUACUACACGGAUGCAGAGACACACUGUGACAGUAUCUGCGAGAACGGCUUCCGGUGACGCAGAGAGCGCUGCUUCAGAACAUUCUAAACUAACGCGUCACGCACUGAUCAAAGGAACGCCUCGUCUGGACACACGAGCGCAGCACGCUCUCAGGUUUGCUGAGGUGAAGCUGGGAUGUCUGCGUUAAAGAGUCUGGUGCCUGCGCGCUUCCUCACGCUCGCCGCUCACCUGGUCAUCGUCAUCACCAUCUUCUGGUCACGGGACAAUAACAUCCAGUCAUGUCUGCCACUGGAAUUCACUGAAGAACAGUUCAAAACAGAAGAUACAAGGCUGCUCGUGGCUCUGUCUGUGACUCUGGGUCUGUUUGUGAUUGAACUGGCUGGGUUUCUCUCUGGAGGCUCCAUGUUCAACAGUAACCAGGCCGUGCUGUCUCUGCUCUCUCACUCCGGCGCCUGCGUCAGUCUGUCCUGCUUUGUUUUCCAGCAGUGGCCCUGCUGGAGCUACUGGAUCAUGUUCAGCCUCUGCAGGUCCGUCUCCUCACACACUGAUUGAUAUCAGCAGCACUUUAGAAGUAUUAUAAAUCAUCAGAUCUGGUGAAUGGAGCUCUUACUCAUUUAGUGUCUGUGUGUGUGUGUGUGUGUGUGUGUGUGUGUGUGUGUG